AUGAAACCGCCUUCUCAACCGGUUAAGACAAAGGGUGCUCCGAUGAAAUUGAAGCCUACACCAAAUGGCAACUCGACUACACGGGCUCCUUCGUAUUGUGAGCACGUCGAUAAAAAUUUUCCCAACUCACCGACUCAAAAAUCUCAAAAAUCUCAAACAAGUUCAAACAAAGGAGCUCGCAUAAGCAAACCGCCUCCGACACCUAUUCCGUCGACAAUUCCAAUCAUCAAAGAGAUGCCUAUUACGUCAAAAAUUCCAUUCAUCGACGAGAUGCCGGUUUUUAUGCACCCUUACAUAGAGCGGAUCAUCAAUGUUGCGCGGGACGGUAAUUGCGGUUACCAAGCCGUCUCGGCGUUGCUUGGUAAUGGAGAGUAUAGUCAUACACUUGUUCGUCAUCAACUUAUCCAAGAGCUGAAGACGCAUAAAGAAUCUUACAUGCGGUUAUAUGGAGAGGAAUUUAAAUUUGAAGCGGUUAACGAAGCUCUUGUUCCUUGGUUAGGCGCUUACGCACCGGUGUCAAAAUGGAUGAGAUUCCCGGAAAUGGGACAUCUUAUUGCAUGCGCGUAUAAUAGGGUGUACAUUGACUUGACAUGUUAUGGUUUUUUGGAAACCCUUUUCCCGCUCCGCACUGCACCGCCUACAAAUCCAAAUGAUCGUAUCAUGUGUAUUGGAUGGCUUUCAAAAGCGAGUCACUUUUUGAAAAUUUACUUGAAACCGCGAUGCCUCAUACCACAUUACCACCUACGUCACCGGAAUGAGCGCUUCAUCAUACCAAAGGUGUUGUUACGUGGCCGAAUCUCUUUGUUGAUAGAAUGCACAAAUUCGAAAGAUUGA